AGAGAAAUUUCAUAUACCAAAAGUUAUGGCAUCCAAGCUUCUACUACUUGGUCUACUUAUAAAUCUUCUCAUAGUCAAAGAUGCACAAGCCGUAGGCGUAUGCUAUGGCCGAAACGGCGACGGCUUACCCUCCGAACGCGACGUGGUUAGCCUUUACCAACGAAACGGCAUAACCAGGAUGCGGAUCUAUGAUCCCCAUCAACCUACUUUGGAAGCACUAAGAGGAACCAAUAUCGAACUCAUGAUUGGCGUCCCUAACGACGCCCUACAAUCGCUUAACGAUCAAAAUAAUGCAAACACAUGGGUUAGAGACAACAUCCAAAGGUACUCCAACGUAAGAUUCCGAUACAUAGCCGUUGGAAAUGAAGUCGAUCCAAAUAACGGCAACAGUCGAUACGUACAAUACGUACUCCCGGCCAUGCGAAACAUCCAUACGGCCGUUCGAAAUGCGGGCCUCGGUAACCAAAUUAAGGUGUCUACCGCGACCUACACCGGUCUUUUAGGGAAGUCGUUUCCACCAAGCGAUGGCGCGUUUAACGACAACGUCCGAGGGUUUAUACAACCAAUAAUACAAUUCCUAGCACAAAACAAUUUGCCAAUGCUAGCCAAUAUCUACCCAUACUUUAGUGACCCGGGUUCGAAUCUCCCAUACGCGUUGUUCACCGCACCAGGGACAGUGGUGCGCGACAACAACAACGGUUUACAAUAUUCCAACCUUUUUGACGCCAUCUUAGACGCUCAUUACGCGGCUCAAGCGCGCCUUGGUGGCCCGAAUGUGGAGAUUGUUGUGUCCGAGAGCGGGUGGCCUUCGAGUGGGGGUCCGGUAGCGACGGUACAAAAUGCUGGAACUUAUUAUAGGAACUUGAUAGCACAUGUUAGAGGGACAAAUGGGACACCAUUGAAACGUGGAAGAUCUAUAGAGACAUAUUUGUUUGCAAUGUUUGAUGAAAACAGGAAACCUGGGAACGAGGUAGAGAGACAUUUUGGGUUGUUCACACCGGGUCAACAACCUAAGUAUGGUCAACUGAGCUUCAAUUAGCACAUUGGAUCGGGAUUUCUGAAUAAAGGAUAUAAAAUAAAAGAACUCUUAAAAGGGUUUUAUAGCUAUGUAACAAGUUGAAAAUGGUUUAAUAAAAGGGUUGAUUGGUUAUAUGUAUCAAUACAAACUCUAAUAAAAGUGUUUUAUGGCCA